UUCGCCUGUAGCGGACAGAUGCCCCAGUAUGAUUGCUCGUUUACUUUGAAGGCCCCAUACGAUUUAAAUGACACAAUCAGAAAUAGAAAGUUAUCAGGGUCUAGUUUUUUGACGGUUUACAAGCUGAAUUCUGUAAUGUGCCUCGAUUUAAUCUGAGUUUUCACAGCAAAGAUACCAACUACUUAGGCCGACAUGUGUUUUAAAAAAUAAAAGACGGUGACAGGGCAAAAUCCCCACGAUGGAUAUAGGCACCAAAUGCGCAUGUAUUCUAACUCUUGCAACAUUCAUCUCGACUCGAGGGGAUGAGACGAAUGACUGUUACCUACCACCGUUCGUUUGCACAAUGAUCCCAAAAGACGAACUGAUGUGGGCGUAUCCGGAAUGGCAAAUCGUGGGUUCAUACCGAGACAUGCUCUUUGCUUACGACCUGGCUGUGGAGAUAGCGAACAAAAUCCAAGAGAGUGGCUACACUGAUUCGACGGGACUUAUAAAGCCCAACGUCACGACCUGGAAAGACUGGGUUGAGUUUAAUCAAUUAAAAACGCUGAAAACUUCAGUUGUCGAGAAUAACCAGGAUUCAGAGGCUCAGGCAAGCAUAAAAUCAUCACCGGUAUGGCUUAUAAUUGCGAGGCGAAGUGAUUACAAUUACUUCCUCAAGUCUGCCAGCAAUUUACCCGACAGCCUCAUUUUACUUGUGUGUAAACCAUCAAUCAAUUUUUCAGGAGAAUUUAAAAGCCCAGGUAACGAAUUACUAGAGAAAAGAUUGAAGUAUGAUUUGUCAGCAUUUGACGAGAAAUCAUACACAAAUGAUGAAAACCGAAUGUUUCACAUAGUUCCGUCGGAGGAAAUUGUUGAAGAGGAGCUACUGCCACAGAAAGGAGCUUUCAAUGAUAAAAAAAAUGUCAAAUACGAGUCCAAGUCUGAUGAAAAUUUCCCUUUUAGACAAAGAUUAAGACAAAUAAUACGUCAAGACAUCUUACAUAAAGGUUCAGAGUUGCCUGCUCAAGAAAAGUCUCAUCAUUUUGACAAAUUCUCAUUGAAAAGGAACAGAUUUAUACCUUUGAAGAAUCUUGAAUUGAUUGAACGACGCUUAAAAAGUAAACAGAAGGCAACGCCAUCAUUGCUGGAAAAAUGGAUGAAGAACGGGAGAGUAGCCGAGCCGGAAAAGCAAUCGAUGUUAAAUGCGAUACGACGGAAGCAGUUUCAUCAGGAUGACCAGAACUCUGCCCCAGACCCAUUACAGCUAGAGGACUCCUUGGAAGAGAGAGAUCUACUCGGAUCUAUGGGCGUGGACUCAGAGGAUGAGAAUUUUGGAGACUCCAAUGAGGACAAGUCCAAAACUUAUAUAGAUGACCUCACCAUUAAUUCUAAUGAUGAAAAUUACGAUAUGUUGGUGCCCCAGACAGAACCUGAGUCAGAACCUGAGUCAGAACCUGAGUCAGAACCUGAGUCAGAACCUAAGUCAGAACCUGAGUCAGAACCUGAGUCAGAACUUGAGUCAGAACCUGAGUCAGAACCUGAGUCAGAACCUAAGUCAGAACCUCAGUCAGACCCAUCACAGCUAAUGGACUACUUGGUGGAGGAAGAUCUACUCGGAUUUAUGGGCGUGGACCCAGAGUAUGAAAAUUUUGGAGACUUCAAUGAAGACAAGUCCAAAACUUCUAUAAAUGACCUCACCAGUAUUGAAUCUAGUAAUCACAAUUAUGAUGCGUUACUGCCUCAGUCAGAGGAAACACCCUCUGAGGCAAACCUAGAGGGCAGUCUUAAAGAAAGAGAGGUUUCAAUGAGGUCGAUUGCGAGUGAUGUCGAUAACGAUUCAAAUAGUGGCGAGUAUGUCUCACACCUGGAUGAUACUAGCUUAAAGGAUGACCUCAUAGGUAUUGCUGAUGAAAAUUCUCCUAGCGCUGACCCAUCUUCUUCAGCAGAGGGUGAUCUAGUAACAACGGCUUCACACGGCCUUGACAAAGAUGUGAAUAAUUUAAACACGUCUUUAAUUAGCGAUAAGUUCAAAUAUUCUCUCUUGCCGAUGCUAAGAGCGGCAGAUGGAUUCGACGAGGCCGUAGAGCAAUUCGUCGCGAAACUGCAAGUGGACAAGGCAAAGCAGAAAGAGAUCUUCGAGGCGACGAUCGAGGGACACGAUUCGGAGAGGUGGCACGAGGAACGGAAGUUCCGGCUCACAGCAUCCGGCUUCGGCGCAGUUUAUAACUGGUCGGGCACGACGGAAAGACUCAUCCACUGGAUCUUGUACUCGAUCCCGGCGAACACCACAGUGAAACGCAAGGCGCUGAAAUGGGGUCAAGACCAAGAGCGCCGUGCAGCCGAAGACUACGCCCGACGCCACAACGUCAAAGUUGAUCGCUCAGGACUGAUUGUAGACCUGGAGAGGGGCUUCUUGGCCGCCUCCCCCGACGGACUCAUCGGGAACGACACCCUCUUGGAGAUCAAGUGCCCUUAUUUCCUCCGCAACGCGAAUCUCUCGGCCAUCCUUAGAGAGCAAUCCCUGUACUGCUGCACCCUCGACAAGGAAACGAACCAGGUACGGUUGAAUCGCAACCACUUCCACUACUAUCAAGUGCAAGGCCAGUUGGGCAUCUCCGGGCGGAAGAAGGGCGUCUUCAUCCUCUGGACUCCGCGCGGGUUCCUUAGCGAGACGAUAGACUUCGAUCCGGAGCUUUGGAAGGACAUGACUGUUAAGCUGGAGAAAUUCUAUAAGAAGCAUAUAGUGCCAGAGUUCAUAUACAACUUUCACCAAUUUGAAGAGAUCAACAGCAAGAGACGGUUGUUAGGAGAUGGUUCCACGAGCCUCCAUGAGUCAGAAUCAUCAGUGGUUGCUAAGGGGGACAUAGCACCACCAGUCGAAUAUAACUUUGAGGAGGGUGCAAGUAAUCGAAACAAGUCUUGGACUAACGAUAUGUUCAAAUACUCUCACUUGCCGAUGCUAGGAGCAGUAGACGGAUACGACGAGGCCAUAGAGCAAUUUGUCGCGAAACUUCAAGUGGACAAGGCAAAGCAGAAGGAGAUCUUCGAUGCGACAAUCGAGCAAAAUGAGUCUGAGCGGUGGCACGAGGAACGGAAGUACCGGCUCACAGCAUCCGGCUUCGGCGCAGUUUACAACUGGUCAGGCACGACGAACAGACUCCUCCACCGAAUCUUGUACUCGAUCCCAAAGAAUACGACGGAGAAACGGCUGGCAUUGAACUGGGGUCGUGACCAAGAGCGCCGUGCAGCCGACGAGUACGCCAGACGCUAUGACGUCAAAGUCGAUCGUUCGGGACUCAUCGUUGACCUGGAACGGGGCUUCUUGGCCGCUUCCCCCGAUGGACUCAUCGGGAACGACACCCUUCUGGAGAUCAAGUGCCCUUACUUCCUCCGCAAUGCCGAUCUUACCGCUGUCAUCAAAGAGAGCGACUUAUACUGCUGCACGCUCGACAAGGAAAAGAAUCAGGUCCGGUUGAACCGCAACCACUUCUACCACUAUCAAAUACAGGGCCAGUUGGGCAUCUCUGGGCGCAAGAAGGGCAUCUUCAUCCUCUGGUCUCCACGUGGAUUUCUCACCGAUACGAUAGACUACGACCCAGAGCUAUGGAAGAACAUGACCGUCAAGCUGGAGGAGUUCUAUAAGACUCGUAUGGUGCCGGAGUUCAUAUACAACCAUCAUCGAUUUGAAGAGACCAGCACAAAGAGAGAGUUGUAGGGGAUGGUAGCAGGAACCCACACAGUUUAGAAUCAUCGGGUGAAUAUAAUUUGAGAGCGACAAGGAGCGUGUAAAAAACUUGUACAGCAAAGACAGGGUCGAGUGACCUAGAGUACCUGAAUAGGGAGAGUGCUACAUGUCGAUAAUUCUGGAAGUUAGGUAAUAGAGCUCUUACGGCCCAAAAAUACAGCCAAUUUGCGAACCCUAAUUAUACAGACUUAUUUAUUAUUACUAUUAUCACUACCCAUCGUUACAAAAGUAACUAAAGCAAGUUUUAGAGGUUUUUUGCACUAAUGAAGGAUAACAAGGGGCCGUUUUUCGGCCGCGGCCGACCCUACAGCUGAAUUUUCUCGACUUUACGAUCUUUUGCGCAUUGACGGUCUAUCUUCGAAUGUACCAUUAUUUGGUCAAUUCGUGUCUUUUUUAGGUCUAAUACUGGUAUAUAUGCAUGAAGGUCUGCAGGCUCUUCUUGGCGAAAAAUGCAGUUUUUUUAGCAUUCGACCUCUAUCCCGCAAAACCUGCAUUUUUCGCCAAAAUCGGCCUCCAGAUCCAUGUUUAGGCUAGUAUUGGACCCGUAAAGAGACCGGGAUCGACCGAAUCAUGAUGCAUUUCGUUAGAGAUAGACUUUCAAUGUGCAAAAAAUCGCCGAGUUGAGGAAAUUUAGCCAGGGUAGAUCCGAUCCUAAAACGGCUCUCAUCGAUGCCCCUGUGUACCUCAUUUUUUUAGAGGGGCGCGCAUUUAGAGAAAUUGUUGUCCAUUCUGGUUUGAUAUUUGAACGUGAAAAUUGAAGGUAGCAUUCCUUUCGUGGUUUUCGUGUAGAAAACUUGGCUGCACUUUUGGGCCUUAAGAUCUCAGUGUUUCGCCAUGUUCCUACUCUCCAGUACAUCUAGGUCCUCCAGGUAGAUCUAUCUGACCUAAUCUAAUUAACUUAGAGAGUCAAGAAUGACCUCUACCCUCAACCUUCCGCCCUAAACAGCAAUGUUUCUGCCAUUUUUGUCCUUGAUCGACCUGGAGAUUAGAACCCUUCUUUCCCAACCACCCUCCAGCUCCUACUAUUCCUCCUUUUUUUUUGAUCAUUUCAUUUCCAGUAGUUCUUCUGGAUCGGUUCUACUCUAUUACGCGAGCCAUAGAUUCUCCCAUACACGGUAAGAAUUUCUUAUGAAGAAACCUCGAAUUUUAUGUUCCCAAGGGGGAGGGGGGCUGCGGUCAGCCUCUCUAAGACAGGUAUUAACCUUGCAAUGAGGAGGUUUUAAGGGAAAAUAAAGGGCCGUGUUGAGCAGCUGAUCAUUUUAAUGUAUUUUCUUAAUGGAUUUAAUUUUAACAAAGGCCUGAAUCUUUUUCCGUGGAAAAAUAUUUAAAGGUCAUUUCAAUGUGAUAUAUUAUGUGAAUGUAUUUGUUUACUAAGCCGAACUUGUGUAUCUUUUAAGUCUGUUGUUAAGAUUAUUGUUUACAUUAUUGUUGAUUUUGAAAAAAAAAUAA